CCUCUGGGCUCCGCACGAGACGCCGGAGUCGCGCGUGCCGCGCCGCGCCACACCACGCCACGCCACGCCACGCCGCGCCGCGCCGCGCCGCACCGCGUGAACCGCACCGCGCAGGGGGCAGGCGGCGCGCAUCGCCCACCGUGGCUCCUUUAAGAAAAACUCGUGCGGAGAGAUCAGCCCUCCUCCUCCUGAUCUCACUUAGAGCCCGUUGCAUAAAAAAAGGAAAAAUCAGCUCGCGAGCCGAGAGUGAUCAAAGGGAGGGGAGAGCUCGCGCUUCGUGUCACUAUUUCGGCGUGAACGGCCGGGCUGUCCCGAGCGCGAGCGCGAGCGGUGCGAGGCGCGCCGACGGCCGUCGCUCAUCCCGCACUCCCGACGAGCGCGCGCUUGCCUGACAGCUGGAGGCGCAGGGAGCCAUGAGAGCGUAGCGGGGUCCGAGGGGGUCUCUCUCUCUCUCUCUCUCUCUCUCUCUCUCUCUCUCUCUCUCUCUCUCUCUCUCUCCCCACGCCGGUCCGGCGGAGAAGGUCCGCUCUCGCGCUGCUCUCGCGCUGCUGUCCUGGCGCCCUAAUCCCGCGCAGACCGAGGAGCUCGUCGCGCGCAUCGGGGAGCCGUCGGGAACCGCUCGACGUGCGUGUGGAAUUUGCGCGCCCGUGUCGCUCCAGCCUGGACGCGCGCGGGAUCCGGAGGAUCUGUGUGAAGCUCGAGGCUGGAGAGGGAGCGCGGCGGCCCGAUGGCGCAAAGGUACGAGGAUCUUCCCCACUACGGCAUGGACGGAGUAGGAAUUGCCAGCACCAUGUAUGCGGACCCUCACGCGGCCCGGUCCAUGCAGGCCGUGCACCUGAACCACGGCGCGCAACUGCACGCGCACCCGUACCCGCACGCGGCCGCCGCGGCGGCGCACGCCAACGCCAUGGCGCCGAGCAUGGGCUCGUCCGUGAACGACGCGCUCAAGCGGGACAAGGAUGCCAUUUACGGGCACCCACUGUUCCCGCUCCUCGCGCUCAUCUUCGAGAAGUGCGAGCUGGCGACGUGCACGCCCAGGGAGCCGGGGGUCGCCGGGGGGGACGUGUGCUCCUCCGAGUCCUUCAAUGAAGACAUCGCCGUGUUCGCGAAGCAGGUUCGAGCAGAAAAACCGUUAUUCUCGUCAAACCCCGAGCUGGAUAAUCUGAUGAUACAGGCCAUCCAGGUGCUGCGGUUCCACCUCCUGGAGCUGGAGAAGGUACACGAGCUCUGCGACAACUUCUGCCAUCGAUAUAUCAGCUGUCUGAAGGGCAAGAUGCCCAUCGACCUGGUGAUCGACGACAGGGAGGGCGGCUCCAAGUCGGACAGCGAGGACAUCUCCAGGUCCUCGGGACCCCUGGACCAGCAGACUUCGUGGAACAGAGACCACGACGACGCGGCCUCGACACGCUCUGGCGGCACGCCCGGACCGUCCAGCGGGGGCCACACGUCACACAGCGGGGACAACAGCAGCGAACAAGGCGACGGUCUGGACAACGUGGCGUCGCCCAGCACCGGGGACGACGACGACCCCGAUAAGGAAAAGAAGCGCAAUAAGAAACGAGGGAUCUUCCCCAAAGUGGCGACCAACAUCAUGAGGGCCUGGCUCUUCCAGCACCUGACGCAUCCCUACCCCUCGGAGGAGCAGAAGAAGCAGCUCGCACAAGACACAGGCCUCACCAUCCUACAAGUGAACAACUGGUUCAUUAACGCCAGGCGGAGAAUAGUGCAGCCCAUGAUCGACCAGUCUAACCGAGCAGUAAGUCAAGGAGCCCCCUACAACCCCGACGGACAGCCGAUGGGCGGGUUCGUCAUGGACGGCCAGCAGCACAUGGGAAUCAGACCGCCUGGGCCGAUGAGUGGAAUGGGCAUGAACAUGGGCAUGGAGGGACAGUGGCACUACAUGUGACCUCUUCGAUAACUGCUCGCAGAGCAGAGGGGAAGGCUGCAGGGCAUGCCAGGGGAACUGCCCGCCCCACGGAUACCCGAUGGGUGCGGGCCGCCGAGCUACAACACCCCCAGGAUGCCCCCGUACUCGGCCGUGUGCGCCUGCGUCCCGGGACAUGCCCACCACCCGCCGAUGCCGAUGUGCGGAGGAUGGACCCACCCUGCCAUGCCCGACCCAGCAUCCAGCCCCCCGAAGCCCACCCUGGGACACUCUGCCGUGGGGGGCCACCACAUGGACCUACAUGCCUAGCAGCUUCUGGGGUUCUUUCAUAACUUCAGCGGCUCAGCGAAACGAAAGAGACGUACAAACGAAAGUGAAACGGUUCUCUUCUCCUGGGCGAGAGCAGCCGUGUCGCCCGCCGGCCGGCGUCGCCCUCACAGGAAGGAGCUCCCUCCUCCUCCUCCCUCCGCCGCGCACCUGGACCAAGGGGGAGGCUGCCGAGGACACUUGGCACAGGAAGUGCCCAGCAGACGAGAAGCGAGACGGGAAAGGGACGACGUGCAGUUAGAACAGCGUGAGCUCUGUGGGGAAGCUGGCAGACACCAGUGUACUGUUUGUACAGACUCAGCGAGGAUGGAGAGUAAUUAUUGUAAAUGCCAUCGUACUGUUCUGCAUAUGAUGUUGUUUCUAAUAGAUUUUUUUUAAAGGAUGUGAACUUGUUUUCUUUCCACACUGCGUGUGUGUGUGUGUGUGUGUGUGUGUGUUGCCUCGCCUCUGUAAACACUGACCUCCUCCAAUCUGGGGCCUUACCACCCCACCCCCCACAAAGAUACAGUUUUAAGGCUUCAUUUGCAAUGUUGUCAGGGGCUAAAUGAGUUCUGCCAGGUGAGAGACCCCCAAGCCCAAACCCUGGACCACCCUCGGGACACCCUUGGUUCCACCUCCUCCCUCCACACACAUGCUCUUUGACCAGCCCCUUCAAACUGGCCCUGAUCUUGUCGCCACCCUCCGUGGAUCAGCUGCUGACAGCCUGAGGACUGAUCGAUCGGCUGCUAAUUGGCUGUAGACUGAUGACCAGUUGCUGAUUGGCUCCUCACUGACCGCUGGCUGUUGACUGAAUGUCAGCUGUUCGUUAGAUGCUAAUUGUGCACGAGAUGCUGACUGCUGACUCCUGAUUGGCUGCUGACUGCUCGUCUGCUGCUGAUUGGCUGUCGAUCAGUCACCAUCGAAGGAAACAGGUGCUCCCUGGUGUGAGCCUCAGUCAGUCAGUCAGUCAAUCAAUCAAUCAAUCAAUCAAUCAGUCUAUCUCCAUGUUGUCUGAACAAAGUGUCCAGAACAUUAUUUUCCCCAACAGUUCAA